CCUCACGACCACCGGCGAUCGUUUACACGUGCAACAGCUCCGUAACGGUGGAUCGUAGCAGGCGGCGAAUUCCGACGUAAACGACGCGAGUUAUGGAAGCUAGCGGCGCGUCGCGGAUAUCGCACGUACUACUCACGGGCCCACCAGGUAUAGGCAAGACUACAAUAUGCAAAAAAGUUGCGUCCACGUUGGAAAAAAAGGGCAGCCGAUUCGACGGAUUUUACACAGAGGAAAUGCGAGAUCGGAACGGCACCAGGAUUGGCUUUGACGUUGUCAGGGUGAAGGAUCCCGAAAGGAGAUUAUCCUUGGCACGACUAAAAAACUUAACAGAGGCUCAGAAGGAUUGCAAGUAUCAUGUAGGAAACUAUAGCGUCUUUCUGGAUAAUUUCGAGACGAUAGCGCUAUCGGCAUUGGAUUCUGAUACUGAUAUAUUGUUAAUCGACGAAAUCGGCAAAAUGGAGUUGUUCAGCAAAGACUUCAAGAGGAAAGUAAUGGAUAUAUUUUUCGGCACCUCCAAGAAAACUUUUGUGAUCGGGACUAUUCCGCAAAUACACAAAGUACCACAACAGCACGCAACGCUAUUCCAGAAAUUACACGCAGACGAGAGAAUCAAAGUCUUAAACGUAUCCUAUCAGAAUCGUAAUAAUUUGCCGAAGGAGAUUAUCCGCCAUUUUUCAUAAAGUCAUAUCGACUAACAUUACGUGUAAUUUUUUGUCAUGUUGUCUCGUACGUUGCAUAAAAUGAGAUGUCUGUUUUAUGUACAUUAUAAACAUCAUUUAUUAUUAACAAAAAACAAAAUGUUAGAUCAAAGAAAUCCCUCCAAUCACAAUAGGUUUAUAAAAAAGUUGUCACAAAUAACAAGUAGUGACUGGCUGGAAUAUUGUACUACGUAAUUAUGCUAAGUUUCAUAUAUGUUAUAUGUAUAUGUGUAUAUAUAUAUAUAUAUAUAUAUAUAUAUAUAUAUCCAUAAUCAUAAUUUCAUUGAAACCACCAUUGAUCGUUAAAGAAUUAAUUAAAAGUGUUGCGAUUGUGUUUUCGCUUCGCACUAUUAAGUGGUAGAUUGUAAGAUCCUCUUGGAGAGAUUUCCGAGAUCAAUUCUUUCUUCUUGUAUAUAUAUGCGUGCACGCGUACGGAUACAGGCGUCUUUAACGAGCAAGGUGGUUGCAGAUUGAGGGUACAAAAUAGAAACGUUAUUUGCGCGUUAUUUUAUUAUAAACGAACACAAAUUUCUAGUGAUGUCUGAUGAGUUGUUUUUCUUAUCAUAGAUAAAGAAACUCGAUAAAACUGUUUGCCUGUUGUAAAAAUAAGCAAACCUUUCUCGCUUUUGUACCCAUCAAUAUUAUGCACUCAUUGCAUAUAUUUUAUAAGAAAAAUUCAUUGUGUUCCUAGAAAUAAUACGGUAAUUAUUGUUGCGGAGAAGUCUAAAGUGUCUCUUACCUUCUCCAUUUCGGUAUCAAAUAUAAUACGCACACUUUGAUUGGGCUACUUAUAUAUAAUA